AUCCGGCUCGAUCCGACCGGAUUGCAUGUCAAGCCGCUGGUGUGGCGAGGGCGGCCCAGCAGCCAGCUUGGAUCGCAUCGCACCAGGAUGUCGUCCAGAGCCCUCCGCAAGCUGCGGGACCAGCAGCGUCCCGCCGAAGCACACGCAGCCAUUCCUGAGCAGAGCGUUGCCAAUGACGAAGACGAUAGUGGUGACGACGAAGUCAUCCAGCCUGCGCAAAAGAGCAACCUGUUUGAUCUGCUUGGCGGCGGCGACAGCGACAGCAACCGCAACGACGACGACGACGACGACCCCCGACCCUUGGCGACCGUCCCCAGAGUCGCUGCACCCAAACCAAAGCCAGUACCGAGCUCGGACGAUGAGCCAGAGGCCCCAGUUGCUCCCCAGGCGCCCAAGAAGAGCAAGAAGAGCAAGCCAAAGAAGAAGAAGGGAGGCAAGUCCGCUGCCAAGCAGGAAGCUGUCGAAGCCGUUGAUGAUCUCGAUGAGAUUGACCGCACCAUCCAGGAGAUCAAUGCAAAAUACGGGAAAGUAGCAGGCGCCGCACCGCUCGCGGCCGCCUCGUCCUCUAAGCAGGCUGAUUCAAGCUCAUCGCUGGCCUCGCUGCUGUCAGUCGACGCUCGCCACAUGGACGCCGAUGCCGAGAUGAGGCGAAUGUUCGGAUCCAAGAUCAUCGAGGAGGAAAUCAAGAAGAAGCGCUAUGUCCGCAUGACCAAGAAGAUGCUCUUUGCCACGCCGCGAGACACCUGGCCCCGCAUCGACAAAAUCGGAAUUACCAUGGACGUCCUGCGCAACGAAGAUGGCUGCACCUACUACACAUUUGUGCACUCCAAGGCGUACCAGGAUGCGCAGUGUCGGUUCCUGGACUGUCUGCGGACACACGAUCCCAACACCAUCUCGAUGUUGCUGCAGAUGCAGCCCUACCAUGUCGAUGCCCUGCUUCAGAUGAGUGAAGUGUACCGUCAUUCGGGCGACCAGACCACGGCAACCGAGUACAUAGAGCGUGCGCUGUUCUGUUUCGAGCGAGCCUUCCAUACAAUGUUCAACGUCGCGACAGGCCGCUGCCGUUUGGACUAUCGGCGGGUCGAGAAUCGACCCUUCUUCCUGGCCGUUUUCCGCCACAUGAAAAGCGUUGCACAGCGGGGCUGUUGGAGAACAGCCUUUGAGCUUGCAAAGCUACUCCUCAGUCUCGAGCCCGAGCAGGAUCCUCUUGGCGUCCUGCUGUGUAUCGACUUUUAUGCACUCAAGGCGGGCGAGUACAAGUGGCUCCUGCAGUUCUGGCAGGAGUUUGAGGUUUCCAAAGAGCUGUUCCUGCUGCCGAACAUGAUGUGUUCUGUCGCGCUGGCACACUUCAUGUUGGAGGAAAAGAAUCAGCAGGACCACGACGAAAGCUCCCGGUUCCUUCAAAAGGCCAUUCUCUACUACCCAACGCUUGUUGGCCAGCUACUCGACAACACGGCGCCCAUUGCUUCGACGGUGUUGUCCGACGCUCAGUUCACUGUCAGUCCCUCCCAGAAGACUUUGCAAGUGCUACUCGAUCUCUGCAGCACAUACAGCCGGCCUCUGUGGAAGCAGCCCGAAGUUCUAGCCUGGAUGAACACAAACAUCUCUGCCGUGCUUGGAAUGAUCAACGACCUUCGUGAUCCGCUCAAGCUCGAGGGUGAGCAGAUCCGGGCAACAAGGUUCAACAAGGAUGUUCCGCGCAGUAUCUGCCGGCAUAUCGUUGUCUCGGAAUUCAAUGCUCUCAUGUCGGCUCUCUCGGGCGUGGCUCGGUCGGGCAUCAGCAUGAACGAUCCGCUACCUCCAGACGACGCCGUCCACUCAGUGUACGACGACUAUGCCGAGCUCCAUAGGAGUGCCAACCCCCUGGGUGACAUUGGGAAUGCAGUCCUGGGGCUGCUGCAAAGGUUCAACAUCAAUCCCAACAAUGUCGAUGGCCAGCUUGUGGCUGAUAUCCAGCGCCAGCUCAUCGAGGCCCAGGAGGGCGAAGGACAUGCCACCGUCCCCGGCAACUUCCCAGCUGAAGGGUCUGACGAGCAAGUCUCAUGGGUCGAGCAAAUCCAAAGCGUCUGGGCCUCGUGGUUCGCUGGCGGCCAAAGCACCGACCACGAUGUCGAUGCCGAUGCCGAUGUCGAGGGAGCUGCAUCCGGAGAUGAGAGCGACGAAGAUCGUGAUGGGGAAGACGGGAAUCUCAACGAUGAUGUGGAUGGACACGGAGGCGAUGCCGACGGAGACCAUGCUCCCGCUGAAUAAUACAGUUGCUUGGGCUUCGCCCGAAUGAACCGCUCAGCACCACCGAUGACUGUUUCGUUGGGAAUCUGCAGCGAA